AUGUUCUCCCAAGUCGCCCGCCGCUCCGCCCUCGUCGCCCGUGCUGCGACCGCUUCCACUCGACGGGUCGUGCCGUCGGCUGCUCGGUCAGUCUGCCCCUCCUCGCCCCCCGGCUUUCACGCUCGAGUGGUCCAUCGUCGGCACUUGACGAUCGUAGCGCGUGGACGCCUUUUCACACGAAUCUACGCUGAUACCCCCGCUCUCACACGUCUAUGCAGUGGUUUUGCUACCGAGCCUGAGCUGCCCGCGCUGUCGUCAUUGUACAAGCUCACCGAUGAGGAGGAGAUGCUCCGUGAUGCCGGUCAGUCGACAGUCGACGGAGGCCACCGCGCGCGCACCCCACACUCCUCCUUGCCGUCGGGUGCGGAGAGCGGGCCGUCGCGAUGGCGUACGACCGCAUCUCGGAUCAAGCAACACGUGAACUGAAACCUCUAGUGUUCGAUACACAGUCCGCAAAUUCGCCGAAGAGGUCGUUGCACCCAAGGUCGAGGCGAUGGACGAGGCCGAGAAGAUGGACCCGGCCAUCAUCAAGGGUCUCUUCGACCAGGGCGUCAGUCCAUGAUUCAUAACAUGCCUUGGCGCAGGAUCGUACUCACCUUGCUUGUUCACCUAAACCGACAGCUUAUGGCCAUCGAAACCGACCCUGAACUCGGAGGUGCCGGCGCAUCCUUCACUUCGGCCAUUUUGGUGAUCGAAGAACUCGCCAAGGUCGAUCCUUCGGUCUCGGUCUUGUGCGAUGUCCACAACACGCUCGUCAACACGAUCCUUCGCCAUUACGCCACCCCUGAGCUGCGCGAAAAGUACAUGCCCCAACUUUCGGCCGACAAGCUCGGCUCGUUCUGUCUUUCGGAACCCAAUUCGGGCUCGGAUGCGUUCGCGCUCAAGACCACCGCCACCAAGAGUGCGGAUGGGUCUCACUACGUUAUCAACGGAUCAAAGUCAUGGAUCACCAACUCGGCCGAGGCGGGCCUCUUCCUUGUCAGUUCCAAAUGGCUCCAGCCGGUGGUUAAAAACUCUUAAGGGCACUCACUGACCCGAACCGCUUGAUCGUACGCACACACUCUCAGGUCUUUGCCACUUCUGACGCUAGCAAGGGUUACAAGGGUAUUUCAUGCUUCCUCGUCGAAAAGGAGAUGGGUGUUGAGAUCGCCAAGAAGGAGAAGAAGCUCGGUAUUCGCGCUUCAUCGACCUGCACGCUCAACUUUGACAAUGUUAAGGUGCCCGCCGCCAACUUGAUCGGCGAGGAGGGCAAAGGUUACAAGAUUGCGAUCGAGAUCUUGAACGAAGGACGAGUCGGGAUCGCGGGACAGAUGGUUGGACUUGCACAGGGUGCUUUCAACAAGGCCGUGCCGUACACGUUCCAGCGCCAGCAGUUUGGUCAAGCCGUCGGCUCGUUCCAAGGCAUGCAAAUGCAGUUUGCCGAGAUCGCGACCGAAAUCGAAGCCGCACGUUUGUUGACUUACAACGCCGCAAGGCUGAAGGAGGAGGGACAACCGUUCACCAAACAGGCUGCCAUGGCCAAGUGGUACGCUUCCGUCGUGGCGCAAAAGGCAUCCGGUGCGGCUAUCGAAUGGGCCGGUGGUGUCGGGUUCACUCGUGAGUUUCGCUCGCUGCUGCAUGGGUCGAGACUGGGGGAUGGGACCUUACUGAAUCUUUCGCAUUCAUUUCUGCAGGUGAGGUCGGUAUUGAAAAGUUCUGGCGGGAUUCCAAGAUCGGUGCCAUCUACGAAGGCACCUCCAACAUCCAACUCCUUACGAUCGGUGAGUUGGGCGAUAAGCGUUAA